AUGGGACGCGGCAAAGGACGUGCGAAAGGCAUUGACGUGACUAAGCAUUUUUUUCAACCAACGGGUCCGGCGGACCGUGUUUUGGUACAAAUAUCCCCCUCGCACACGCUGUAUGUGAACGAGGAGGACCUCAGCCCCACGCAGGGGAGCGAGGCGGCGCUUGCGCUCAAGCGCGAGGGGCGAAUGGAGGGGCCAAUGAAGUUGUGCGCCAACUGGAGACAGGGCGCCUGCCUUAGUCACGCAGCCUGCAACAACGCCCAUGUGGUGGCGUACUUCAAUAACUCCGCGGCACCGAUGGGAAAUGGCAAUAACGGUGUUACGUCUAUGGCCGCCAUGCUUCAACGACAGCGCGUUGACGGAAGCCACUCAGUCUCGCAGCAGCAGCAGCAGCAGCAACACCAAUCCCAACAUCAGCACAGCUUUCAUGCAGGGACGACGUCAGCCGAGUCCAAUCGUGUCACGGAGCACAAGAGCGCAGCCACAACAACACACAGCACACUUAUUCCGGCACCGAGGAGUCAGCAGGCAAAUAGACGGCCUUCUUCUAUGGCUGCUUCUUCCGCGCCUCAGAGCUCUCCGAGUGCGAGCACGGCAUGGGGCCGCAAUAAUGCAGUGGGAAACGGCAACCAGCAUGGAAGCUACCAGCCACAUCAGCAGCAACACCACCACCAGUCACAUCACCAUCGUCAACACUAUCCACAACAACAACAACAACAUGAGGUGAUGAAGCAAAAACUCGGUGCGUCACAAAGUAGGGGGAGUCGGCUUGCUGGUCAUAGGAUUCACGACGACAUUCAUUGGACACCGCUCAAUGGAAUAAUAAAUGAAGUGCUUUUAGAGUCUGCAACACAACAACAAAAAGGGAAGAGUGAAGGGGGCCACCAGGAUCUUCCCUCCAUUGCGAACCACCAAAACUCCAACACAACGAACAGAGUGGAUGGACCCAACUUUCCUUUCUCAGGUAGUCUUAAUGAUGCUGUCGGCGAUGAUACUUGGGUGGCUUCGACGCUUGCUCAAACCCCUUUGAACACGGCCAUCUGGUAUGAUGGAUACGCAGGUCUGUGGGAACCUACACUUAGUAGCGGGGCAACAACGACGGCCAGGACGGAACCAACCACACUGACAGCGGGAGAGAACCCUGUCUUUUUGAGUCAUGAGUUGAAUAAGAUGGCUUCUGCGGCAUCCCAUGGGGAAGUGUGGGGCUCCCUCAGCGGUAGCAACGGCGAGUCUACAGUGAGCACCAACAAGCACAUUGACAUUUCUUCUACUUCAGAGGCGCUUAAGAGUCAACUGUUGCGGGAACUAGUCGGGGCGGGUGGUGACGUCAACGACCCUAGCCCGGCGGAAACGCAAUUAAGGAGCAGUACCCACAGGAACCCCAGCACCUCUUCAGCCUCUUUUGCGGAGGCAAAGAACUCGUCGGGGUUGCUGAGCUUAUUAGGAGGCGGUGGCUGUGAUACUGUUGUUAAUGAUCGCGUAGGAACUCCUACUGUUUUUCCGGCCACACCGAGCCGUAACGCCCACACAAUUCAACACCUCAUGUCGCUACUCACCACGGAGUGA